AUGCCUUCUGAGACCUCCCUCGGAAGCCUGAUCAUUACUCCUCGUUGCAGUGUCUGUGGUAUCCCAGAAUCCCAUUUGGAGGGCAAACUGAAACGCUGCGCUGGCUGUUCGGCGACGGUGUAUUGCAGCAAGGAGUGUCAGAAACAGGCAUGGUCUAAACACAAGGUCUCAUGUCGCGCGAAGUGGAAGGAGGACGAGCCUCCUGCUCCUAAUGACAUCAACUCACCAGUCCCUUCCGACUCAGUAGCGGCCCUCGACCACGCCCUAUCCGUCUGGAUAGGGAUCCACCACUACCCACUCUUGGUCAUAGCGACUGCAACGGUGUGUCUCCAAGGCGGCUACGCGCUCCACUUCUCCCCCGAUUCUUCUCUGGCAAUCGGAUUCGCCGUACAUCCGUUGCCUAAGUUCGUGGCCUCCUUACUAAGCGGCGCGGGCACACCAGAUGACAAUCCGGGAACGGGCUUCCAUCUUGUUAACGCGCUGUCUGUCUCCAAGGAUAAAAUCCUCAAAGACUGUAGCCCCGCAGGUACAGAAGGUGCCCUAGACUGGGAAGGUGUGGUAUCAGCCUGUCAAGUCGUAUCUGCGGACCUCCUUUCGAAAACCGAAGUGGACCCUGCCACCCUCGGCGCAUUGCCCGGGAUAUUCAGCAUCAAGCACUCGCCGGUCCUGCGCAUCCAACCCGUAGUUGUCUUCCGCCUGCCGCAAGACCGGGGCGAGACACUUGAUGAGGAGACACACGCCGUCUUCGAGGACAUCAGGGUGCUAUGUGUUACAAUGAUGGCCGCCGGGCUCGUGCUACGUCCGCCCAGCGUGGAGCGUGUGAACACCUCCUGUCCCGACGUGGGCACCCUGGUUCGCCGGAAGAAGAAGCAAUGGGAAUGGGAGCGGAUCCCUGACUGGGACUGGGGACGGGCAGCGUUGAUGGUCCCGAGAGAGCUCAGGAAGACCGACCUGCACCCAAAAGAGUUGUGGGCAAGUUUCUUGUCCCAGUCAGCCUGGACAGUAGAGCAAGUAAUGCCGAAGACGUGCAAACCGCGCGCGGCGGAGGCGGGCGGGGGCGCAGGCGCCCUCGUCGCGAGGGGCUUCGCUACCCUCAUGGGCUCGCUGGUUCUGUGGAUGCGGGUGUGA